AUGGAAGCUAUGGCGCAAGCCACAAACACCAAGUUGUUCGAACGCCCCUUGCUAUCUGUCCACAUUUCCGUGUUCAAGUCACUGAAGGAUGCCGACCGCGCACGAGGGCAGGCACGUAAUCUUAGCAGUACUACGGCUUUCGAUUAUAGGCCAUACCAAGCGCUGAAUACUUUCAGCCUCUUGUCGCUGCGAUGGGGGCUGACGGCAAAUGCCGACAUCUCAUCUCUGCCUCCUCGUUGA